UGGUAGCACAUUCGACUCAUAUUAUCGUCGUCUGCUUUUGCUACCCCUCUAAAGCUCGUUUGUUUACCCGGCUUACGAGGGUGAUGAUUGCAGGAUAGUACACGUAUGAACCUUAUCAGAUUGCUAAGCGGAUAUAAAAGUCCCUUCGUUUCCGUUGCGUUCGGUGCUAACAAUAUAAUUUCGAGGAAAACCAUCCAUACUUUAACGUGUCAAAGCAAAAUGAAACUAAAGAGGGACGAAAUUCUACUACUGUUUGAUGUUGACGGAACAUUGACCAAACCGAGAGUAGUGAUCGAAGAUGACUUCAAGGAUUUUUUGUACAAGGAGGUUCAACCGAAGGCAACCAUCGGUCUGGUGGGAGGAUCCGAUUUAGAGAAAAUGUUUGAACAACUUAACGGCCGAGAGAUUCUGGACAAAUUCGACUUUGUCUAUCCGGAGAACGGACUGAUCCAAUAUGCGAAAGGAGUGGAAGUAGGACGAGUAUCGAUAGCGCAAUAUCUGGGAGAGGAUGUCUUGAAGCGGUUCAUCAAUUUCGUGCUGAGGUAUUUUUCGGAAUUAGAUAUCCCGAUCAAGAGAGGAACUUUCAUCGAGUUCAGAACUGGAAUGUUGAACGUUAGUCCCAUUGGAAGGAAUUGUUCAGCGAAGGAGCGCCAAGAAUUCUACGAGUAUGACAAUAAACACCAAAUUAGACAGCAGAUGAUUGAUGUCCUGAAGAAGGAAUUCAGUGAGGUGGAUUUGACUUACAGCAUCGGAGGACAAAUCAGCUUCGACGUGUUUCCGAAUGGAUGGGAUAAGACUUACUGUUUGAAACAUGCAACGGUGGGAACUAACUUUAAGGAAAUUCACUUUUUCGGCGACAAAACAGAUCCAGGUGGUAACGAUCAUGAAAUUUAUAGCGAUCCAAGAACGAUCGGACACAAAGUCACGUCACCCGAAGACACCAAACGGCAAUUGAAGGAACUUCUUGGAAUCUAAUGAUACUGCCAACUGUAAGAUAGCAAUCAUGUUUUAAUUUAGUAAUAAAGAACCUUUGUUUUGAAACAAUAAAAACACAAAGCCUAGCUUUAAGCCA